ACCAGUUUCUUGUGUAUUUUCUUUAGCCCGGAUUGUUCUCGUAAAGACAGAAAAUGUGUUGGUUGUUGCCAAGAACUCUCCUAUCAACAAAGACUCCUGUUCAUUUGCUAAGAAGAUUUUCCUCCCAAAAGGAGCUCCCUACUUUAACGCUUUUUACUAAGGACCCAUGUCCUUUGUGUGAUGAAGCAAAAGAAGUCCUUGAACCUUACAAGCACAGGUAUAUUUUCCAUCAAGUAGAUAUCACAUUGCCAGAGAACAAAAUAUGGUGGGAUAGGUACAAAAACGAUAUCCCAGUCUUCCAUUUGAAUAAACAGUUUCUAAUGAUGCACAGAGUAAACACCAAGCUCCUGGAAAAGCGGUUGGCUGAAUUUGAUCAAGAGGAUCAAUGAAUUAUCUGGCCCUAAUAAAGCUUACUUUAUUG